AUGUCCUCGAACAAGGCGCUGCCCGAGUGCUGGGGCCAUCGUGGUGCUUCCGCCACCUUCCCAGAGAACACCCUGGCGAGCUUCGAGAAGGCCAUCCGCGACGGCGCGGAGGGCAUUGAGAGCGACGUCCACGUCUCCCUAGAUGACGUUGUUGUCAUGUUCCAUGACCCGUCAUUGGACAGGACGACGAAUGGGACAGGGCUGAUCAGAGAGCAGAAUUGGUACGGUCAGGAGGGCAUGGAGCUCUUGAGGACGAUGAAGGAACCGAAGCAGUCCAUCCCGACCUUUGCGGAGACGGUCGAGCUUCUCAUGAGGUUCAACGUCGAUGUGAAGGUGCAGAACAACCCCGCGCGGUUGUUCGCCCUCAUGCACAAGACGCACUUGCCGUAUUGCCGACGCUCGUACAUUGGCGAGAGCACCGAGAUUGCGCGCAAGUACUUCUGGGACAGCGUCGACGUGUUCUCCGUCAAGUUCGCCGUACUGGCCACCGUUGAAGGCGAGAAGUUCAGGAAAGCGUGCAAGGCGUCGGGAAAGAAGAUCAUGGUGUGGACCGUGAACGAGCCCGUAGAGAUGGUUGAGGCCGUGAGAUGGGGGGUGGACGUCAUCCUGACCGACGUCACGAAGGUGUGGCUCGAUCUCCGGAACGCCCUGUACGUGGACUACGACAAGAUAGCGGCGCAGUACGGCCGCACGUUCCUCUGGACCUCGUGGAAGUUCUACACGCCCGCGACGCGGCUCGGCGCACGUUCCUCGCGCGCGUAUAUCGAGUCGUUUGUCGGGCCGUUCCAGGAGGUGCAGGAUGCGACGCCGGCUGCCCCGCGCGUGUCUGCCUCUGCAUGA